AUGUGGAAUUGCAAUCAUGUCAAAAUUUCUAUAGUACUAGGGACCAAACUCUCGAAUGAAAGAGAAGAAAAGUAUGUGGAUGCUACUUCAUACAAGCAACUCGUGGGAUGCCUUAUGUAUUUAACAGUCACUAGACCUGAUAUGAUGUAUGUGGUAUGUUUAAUAUCUCGUUUCAUGGACAAACCUAGAGAAGAGCAUAUGCAGAUUACUAAGAGGGUUUUAAGAUCAGACCGGCAACGGUCUUCUAGGCAAAGAGGGUUCUCGUGUGUGGCUACAGGGAUAGUGUCAGAGAUGGAUUUGCGAUCGGGAUCAGUCGGUGUUGGAGGGAGUCGUCGGGCUGAGUUGUGCGUGGAGGUCUGGGCAGCACGGACUAGAUCUGUGACAGCGAGCGGUUAUUUUGAUUUCAUUCUCUUUGUUCCAUUUUUUUCAUCUUCUUCUUCAAUAGAUAUGUUCAUGUUGUUUAAGAUAUAA